UCUGGGACACAACCUCAAUUGUGACUGAAAAGAAGACGUAGGCAAAUGAAAAUCAUAUAAAAAUUGCCAAGUGCAAAAUUUUGUUGUCCAUCGCCGUGUUAUCGUUUAAAAUUAAUUCUGUAAAUGUGUUCAAGUAGAUGUAAAGUGAAACCUCGAGCCCUUUAAGUCCCGUUGUUGAUGUUCCAAGUGUAGUGUUCACAACUCCUUAGCUUACCAUGUUUUUGUUUCUGUAUUGUUUGGCCUUUUUGUUCUUCCCAGUUUUAAGCACUAGUUCCAAUACUUUCCUCCAACUGCUGCGUGCCAAAAGAGGCUCUAUAACGCGCACUUUCUUGGAUUCCCCGGAAUGCAGCAAUAUGCGUAAAUUCUGCGGAAACCGGAGCGACAGCGACGACUUAUCCCUGUUGGAGUGUUUGCAUUCACUGCACCCAGAUGAUUUGAGUACGAUGUUGAAACCGUGCCAACAAAUGGUGUGGGACGCCACCAGCAAUCUGAUAAAGGAUGAAAAUGUGGUCAGCACCCUUUUGCCGCUUUGCAGAAACGACAUGGACAAAUUGAACUGCAAAAGGGAUGAUGGGGACUAUUUCAAGUGUUUAGCCAGCAGGAAGGACACUAUUGAAGACGCCCAUUGUCUGUUCAUGAUCCAGAGGAUCGAGAACGUGGCUUUCACGGACUACAAGUUCCUAGCCACGUUUCUGAAGCAAUGCGAAGCAGACGUUAGAAAGCUCAAUUGUGGAACCAUGGACUCGCAAGGAAUUUCUCAAAUUGCCACAAUUGCCUGCCUCCAAACCAACAUAUUGCUGGUGACUGAAAAUUGCAAAAGUGAAGUGUUUAGAUUAUCGGAAUUGCAGUCAGACAACAUCAAGCUAGACCAGACUAUGUACUUGGACUGUGCUGAGGAUUAUUCGAAGUACUGUUCGCAAUUCCCAGCGGGCAGUGGCCGCGUUUUUCACUGCCUCGCGAGGCAAAACCCGCAAAAACUAAGCAACAAGUGCAAAACCAGCCUGAUUAGAAGACAGGGCCUGAUCUCACAAGACUACAAGGUCAGCAAGGGCCUGAUGAGAUCUUGCAGGGACGAUAUCAAGAAGACCCAUUGCCGCAAACAGACCUCCAGUGAUCGAACUGUAAGAUUGGCUCAAAUCCUGCUCUGUCUGGAAAACCUUAUCAGGAAUGGCACGUAUGUGUCGUCAGACUGCCAGGCCGAGCUAGUGGAACAUCGCAGAAUGCUCAUGGAGGACUACCGACUAUCUCCGGAAAUUGUGGAUAAAUGCAAGAAGGAAACAGUGAUCUUUUGCAGGGAAGUUGAAACUGGUGGCAAGACAAUACACUGCCUGAUGAAAUAUGCUAAGGAAACAAAGAAGAAGGAUGCUUUUAGUCCUAAAUGCAGAGAAGCGCUGGGAGAUUUGGUAAAAAUUGCAGACGCUGGAGAAAACUGGCAAGUGGAUCCAGUGCUUCGAACAGCUUGCGCUCCUGUCGUUGAUAAAUUGUGCUCGAACUUCCGUAGUGGACAUGGAUCGGUCAUGAUCUGUCUUAUGGAUAACAUAGGGGCGGAGGCGAUGACUGAAGAUUGUGAGACCGUUUUAAUGCAAAUCCAAUACUUCGUCGCCAGGAAGUUUGAGUUAGAUGAAGAACUGUACAGAACGUGCAAGGAUGACGCCUUCUCGGUCUGCUCAGCUAACGCUAAAUUUGAUAGUGAAUCGAAUAUAGUCUUUAAUUCGGGGGUGUUAUCCUGCCUUUACAGACAGUUCCGAUCAGAGUACGAAGAUAAACGAUUGAAUGACGCAUGUUUAGCUAACAUACAAAGAGUAAUGAAACAGAGAGCCGUAAGUGUGGACCUGCAGCCUUCAAUUGAAGAGGCCUGUCUAGAUAAUCUGGCCACGUUUUGCUACAAGCGAGUGGAGAAAGGCGAAGAAAUGAAUUGUCUCCAAGAUCACUACAACGAUUUGGAUGAAAAAUGUAAAGACACCAUAGAGCUAUUCACAGAGCUUCAGUCGCAGCAUGCCGAGCUGAAUCCGUACAUCAAUAAACAUUGCACACAUAUUAUCAACACUUUAUGCAUGGAUCACAAGUCAGAUGAGGGAUCAAUCAUGGAUUGCCUAAUUUCCCAGAAAAAUAAUCAAAUUGUGAAAUUGGACCAAGCGUGCAGAGCCAGCAUUGAACAUUUCCAGUUAAUCAGCCUACAAGAUUACAGGUUUUCCUACAAAUUCAAAGUGGCCUGCAAGCCAUACGUGAUCAGAUACUGUAAUGCCUAUUCCUCAAAGUUUGACGUUAUUCGUUGCCUCAGUGAACAAAUAGUGAACGCCACAAUCAACAAAAUCAAAAGCAAUAUUCCACGUGAUUGCCGACAACAACUAAAAGCCCAAUUGUUUCAACAAAGAGAAAACAUUAAUAUGAGCCCCGUUCUAAAGGCGGCAUGUCGCGAUGAUAUUCGCACAUACUGCGCUAAUGUUGUAAAUGUGAAUGGUGAGGUGCUAGAAUGUCUACAAUCAGGAAACAUUGAAUUAAAGCCGGCUUGCCACAAGGAAGUUUUCAGAAUAGAAAAACAAGAAGCUUACGACAACAGUGUUGACUACGCUCUUUUGAACAUGUGUGCAGGCCCUAUAGAAAUGUUCUGUAGCCAUGUGGAUAAGGAAAAUGUACUCGAAUGUCUCAGAAAGCAUAAAGAUCAGAAAGGAUUCAACAAAAAGUGCAGUGCUGUGUUGAUGCAUCGCAUUCUUGAGCAAAAUUCGAAUUCCUUGCUGAAUCCCACAUUGCAAGAGAAUUGCCACAUGGACAUCAGCAAAUUCUGCAGUCAUCUACCGAUUCCUCAAGGGGCAAAAGCGAAAGGCGUUGUAAUUAGUUGCCUAAAAAAGCAGUUUAAAAUGUCGAAACUCACUGAUAAGUGCGAAAAGGAAAUCGCUUCAAUUCUCCGAGAGCAAGCGCUCAAUUUGAAUUUGAAUCCUCUGAUCAGGACGCUUUGUAAGAAUGAACUGCAAAUUAUCUGCAAAAUUGACGAAUACGACGACAAUUCGGGAAAUUUGGAAGAAUGUCUCAAGGACGCUCUGAUCAAUAAAAAGAUCCAAACACCUGAAUGCAACGUGGAGGUUGCGAACAUGAUUGAAGAGUCCCAAGCAGACAUCCAGGUUGACCCUUUGCUACAACAGGCUUGUGCGUUGGACCUGCUUCAAUACUGUAGUGAAAUUGCUCAGGGCAAUGGGAGACAUGUGAACUGCUUGAAGUUGAUGAUGGACAAAAAAAAGAAACUAUCAACGAAAUGCAAAAACAUGCUCACUAAACGGUUUGAAAUGUACAAAAAUGCAGCCCUGAUUGCCCCCAUGCCUCUAGAGAAUUUCGAACAACUUUACCAUCAAGUAACAAGCUCACCUUCAAGACAGUACUUCUUCUUGAUAACGGUCAUAUUUUUGGGGACAGUGUUUAUAGUGGGUCUCAUGUGCGGGAAACUCAAUAAUCGAAAAUACAUGCUGUUGAAAAACAAGUAAACGGCCAAUUGAAUGUGGUUCUAUUGAUGUCUAUAGUAUAUUUAUUAUUUUACUUACCACAAUUUCCAAUAAUUUGGGAGUGAGGAUUGAUUAGUGAAGAUAGCAGGUCGUUGUCUUUUGCCCUGUUUCUAUUGUAUAUUACUGAUUGGCUACGAAAACCGUUGUCAACAACUACUUUGUGACAAAUUUCUACAAAAAAAACCAAGUGCUCCACAAUUAGAAUAAGUUUUAGAUUUAUAUGCGUGUGAUAACUUGUGCAAAUCUUGCUGAAGCUGUGACAGGACUGAAAACCAUUCAUUUGUAUAAAAUAUAUUAAAUUGAAACUAGAA